GUGUUUCAACUCGGUCCUCUACUCACCCUCGGCCUCCCGAAAGUUCUCGAAGAACUCCUCAUCCAUACUUUUCGUCUUCCUGCUUUACUCGUGCAAUCCGAUUACCAGCGGCUCUACGAUUUCUUCUACGAGUCGUCCAGAUUCGUUCUAGAUGAAGCCGAGAAAUUGGGCAUCUCGCGAGAAGAAGGGUGCCACAAUCUCUUAUUCGCCACGUGCUUUAAUUUUUUCGGCGGGAUGAGGAUCCUCUUCUCCAAUAUGAUGAAGUUGAUCGGCAAGGCAGGGGUGAAGCUCCAGGUGGAGCUGGCGCAGGAGAUCAGAUCGGCGAUCAAAUCAAACGGCGGGAAAGUAACGAUGGCGGCCAUGGAACAGAUGCCGUUGAUGAAAUCAGUGGUGUACGAAGCGCUCCGCAUUGAACCGGCGGUGCCGCUGCAGUACGGGAGGGCGAAGCGGGACUUGUUGAUCGAGAGUCACGACGCCUUGUUUGAAGUGAAGGAAGGGGAGCUUCUAUUCGGCUACCAACCCUUUGCAACAAAGGACCCGAAAAUAUUCGACAGACCCGAAGAGUUCGUCGGAAAUCGUUUCGUCGGAGAUGAUGGAGAGAGAUUGUUAAAGCAUGUCCUAUGGUCGAAUGGGCCAGAAACCGAGAAUCCCACGUUGGGAAAUAAACAGAGUGCGGGGAGGGAUUUCGUGGUACUCGUGUCUAGACUUUUCUUGGUGGAACUUUUCCGGCGGUUCGAUUCAUUCGACGUUGAGGUGGCGGCGGCGCCGUUGGGGGUGGCGGUCACAGUAACGUCGUUGAAUGGGGCAAGCUUUUGAGAAAUGAAAGGGUAAAAUCGGAAUGUAAUUUGACUUCCACCGUUGAAAGUGGCUUUUGAUGUCUGGGUCUACCAUUUCUAUUCUAUAUUUAUCAUCGCACUGUGUGGACCGUAGAGUAGUAGACAACAACAUUUUUUCUUUUUUUAAGAUAAGACUGGUGUUGACAACUUUGGAUAUUGGAUAUAACCCAUUUUGAACAUUGUUAUCAUGGGGUGGGUUUGAAUAUGCCGAAGGAGAGAGGAGGAUGCACGUUAAAAUGAUCGGAAGCCACUCAGCCCAAAGUGCCAGGUGCGGGAUAUAACCCAUUUUGGAAUGGCAUAUGUUUUUCAAAUUUAAUGCUCAGACCCCCGGUGGCAUGUCACAUGAAGU